AUGGCACAACGGUACGAAGAUUUGGUCCAUUACGGAAUGGAUGGGCUCGGAAUUCCACCCUCGAUGUACGGAGAUCCUCACGCGGCCAGGAGCAUGCAGGCGGUUCACAUAAACCAUGGCCCGGCGUUUCAUGCGCAUCAGUACCCGCAUCCAGCUCCGGGUGUGGGCUCCCCGGUUAACGACACACUAAAACGCGAUAAAGAUGCCAUUUACGGACACCCACUUUUCCCCCUGCUCGCGCUGGUUUUUGAGAAAUGUGAGUUAGCAACUUGUACACCGAGGGAAAACGGAUUUUCAGGCGGCGACGUGUGUUCGUCGCAAUCUUUCAAUGAAGACAUAGCAGUUUUCUCAAAACAGAUAAGAACAGAAAAACCGUUAUUUUCGUCAAAUCCAGACUUGGAUAGUUUGAUGAUCCAAGCCAUUCAAGUAUUACGCUUUCACCUACUUGAAUUGGAGAAGGUCCACGAGCUUUGUGAUAAUUUCUGCCAUCGCUACAUUAGCUGCUUGAAGGGUUCCAUGCCCAUUGACCUGGUUAUCGACGACAGGGAUGGAGGAUCUAAGUCUGACAACGACGAAUUCUCUCGAACGUCAGGAACUAACGAUCAAGUGUGUUGGAGUAAAGAUCAAGAUGACUGUGUGUCUAUUCGCUCUGCUGGGACUCCAGGACCCUGCAGUGGAAGCCAACUCUCUCACAAUGGAGACAACAGCAGUGAGCCAGGUGAUGUUUUGGACAACAGCAUUGCCUCUCCUAGCACAGGAGACGACGAGGAUCCAGACAAGGAGAGACGGAACAGCAAAAAAAGAGGGAUUUUCCCCAAAAUGGCAACCAACAUCAUGAGAGCAUGGCUCUUCCAGCAUUUGACACACCCUUAUCCGUCAGAGGAACAGAAGAAGCAGUUGGCACAGGAUACGGGCCUCACCAUUCUACAGGUGAACAACUGGUUUAUCAACGCCAGAAGAAGAAUCGUGCAGCCCAUGAUCGAUCAGUCCAACCGUGCAGGCAAGUCCUGGCCGUAUCCUCCAGACGGUCACGGUAUGGGUGGCUUUGUUAUGGAUGGGCAGACUCAUCUGGUAAUCAGAGGACCCGGUCCACUGGGUGGUAUGGGAAUGAAUAUGGGAGUGGAAGGGCAGUGGCACUACAUGUAA